AUGCAGAUCAAGUUCGCUCUCCUCAGCCUUCUGUCGGCCACGGGUGUUUUUGCCCAGGAUGACAAUAUCCUCGAGGCUCGCAACGACAAGGACAAGGGAAUGGAAAAAACCAAUGGUGCCAUGUUCCGCAUUAUGCCUGUCGGUGGAGCCGCCAUCUGGGGUGAGGGCUCAUCCAAGGGCAACGCAUUCCGCAGGAAGCUUCGCGAAAUGAUCGUCGAGAAGGGCAACCCUGUCAACAUGGUCGGUAGCCGCAAGAAUGGUGACUUCACUGACAAGGACAACGAGGGCUGGCCGGACCUGUUCAUCGACGAGAUCCGCGACAAGGCCAUGCGCAACGAGUCUGUUCCUCGUUUCCUCCCCAACAUCUUCCUGGUAAAUGCCGGUACCAAGGACGCUGUCAAGGACAAGGACAUCGACAAGGCUGGUGAGCGCUACGAGCGCCUCAUCAAGGACUUGCUCGACAAGUCCAAGGACUCAAUCGUCAUUGCUUCAACCCUGAUCCACCACCGCAACGGUGACAUUGACAACCGCAUCAACAAGAUGAAUGACCAGUUCAAGAAGGUCGUUGAAAAGCUCCGCAAAGACAAGAAGAAGGUCCUCAUGGUCGACAUGGCUGGAUCCGAUGGCCCUGAGACCAAGAAGGAGGCCGACAACUACAGCAACGACGAGCACCUCAACGACAAGGGCUACGACAAGAUGGCUAGUCUUUGGUUCAAGGGUCUCGAGCAGGCAGCCAAGGAGGGCUGGAUCAAGAAGCCCCAGUGGAGCCUGCACUGCAACGGCCCCAAGAAGCAGAGCCCUUGGGACAUGCCCUUCUUCCGCCAGUUCCCAUUCUCCUCUCCUUGGUUCCAGAACAACAACAACAACAACAACAAGGACACUUGCAACGCCCAGGACGCCAAGAAGAUCACCGAGCAGGUCAAGAAGAUCAACGACCAGGUCAAGAAGGACCUCAUCAACGAGAGGCCGAAGUGGGCCAACGAUGUCGAGAAGAAGAUCAUCGACGAGCUCAAGAAGACCAUCAGCGACCUCAAGAACCAGAUCAAGGACGAGCUCAAGAAGGAGCUCAAGUGCAAGGACUCUUAA